GACAGGCUGUGUAACACCGAGCGUCGCCAUGCACGACGCGCGGACCGACAGCUAGCCUGCAGAAUGCCUCGUGAAGACCUUGACGCAGACCGUUUCGUUCGCCACGGGCCACCCAAUAUCGCGUUAUUUCUCCGACUCUACAUCUGGAGAGGCAGCGGGUGUUAUGUAGAGCACAGCUUUUAAGUUAAACUUGAGGGUUUUGCUGGGUGGAGCGUGGCAAGAGGCGGUGCACUGCUUCCAAAGUUAUCGGCUAGCAGGGCGCGUGUGAAGGAUUGGAAUAAAAGGCGCCGCGUACUCGCUGUUAGCGCCAAACAUGGAGAAGCAACAGAACGACCUGGAGCGAGAGCGCCAGUACUGUGAACUUUGUGGGAAAAUGGAGAACCUUUUGAAGUGUGGUAGGUGUCGGAGCUCCUUCUACUGCUGCAAAGAGCACCAAAAACAGCACUGGAAAGAACACAAGCUCAUUUGUAAGCAAGUGGAGAAGACGAAGCCUCCGAAUCAGAAGCCCGAGCCCGAGCAACCGCCCGGGGAUGAGAAAGCGCCGGAUAAAUGCCCGAAGAAGAACAGCCCCGAGCGCCAGGCGGACACUGGUGCGCCUUCGUCAGAAACCACGGAGCCGCAGGGGGUCGGAGAGCAACUGGCCGAGGAAGGCUCCAACAAUACCGCCACACCUAAUGGACAAACGAGUUCUUCACCGCAGAGGCUGGCCACGGAGUACGUCAUCCCGUGUAUGAACAAGCACGGCAUCUGCGUGGUGGACAACUUCAUGGGCGAGGAGAUCGGACUUGGCAUUCUGGAGAACGUCAAAGCCCUGCACAAAACCGGCCGGUUCACGGACGGCCAGGUGGUCAGUCAGAAAAGUGACUCCACUAAAGACAUCCGUGGGGACAAAAUCACAUGGGUCGACGGGAAAGAGGCCGGCUGUGAGAAGAUCCGCUUUCUCACCAGUCGCAUGGACGACCUGGUCAGACAUUGUAAUGGAAAACUGGGCAACUACGCCAUCAAUGGAAGGACAAAAGCAAUGGUAGCAUGUUACCCUGGAAACGGGACCUGUUACGUGCGUCAUGUGGAUAACCCCAACGGCGAUGGACGUUGUGUCACAUGCAUAUAUUACCUUAAUAAGGAUUGGAAUGCUCAGGAACAUGGUGGCAUUCUCCGAAUCUUCCCCGAAGGAAAAACCCAAUUUGCCGACAUAGAGCCAAAAUUUGACCGGCUGCUUUUUUUCUGGUCAGACAGACGCAACCCCCACGAGGUUCAGCCUGCUUUUGCUACCAGGUAUGCCAUCACCGUGUGGUAUUUUGAUGCAGAUGAGCGAGCCAGAGCUAAAGAAAAGUACUUAACAGGUGCAGGAGAAAAAGGAGUAAAGGUUGAACUUGGCAAGCCAUCCGAUCCCAGCUAGUGCGACGACGCACCCGUCCGAUCCAGGCAGCCAAUAAAGUGCUCUGUCCCCAGAAAGUGGCCCUUAGAGAGCAUGUGUGUGUUUUACAUGAGCCAGUGGGAAGUGGAUGGUUUUGGAAAAAAGACAAAACAAGCAUACACAGCCAAGUGUGUUCAUAUUCAGUCAAGCCUGACAGCACAACGGACCUUGAAUGUCAUGACAUUGUACUGAAAGGGAUUGUGUGCGCGUGUGUGUUUUUUUACUUCCUUCUCCCGGCCGGCCCACCGUCUUUUUCAAUAGGUGAACAUUUGCGCCACAACUCACCGGAAUCAAGCUCAUCUCUCAGUGAAUUCCUUUAAGGUACAGCAUUCUGCAUAAACCCAAUGCAUUAUGCUUUUCACGUGGAAUCGUCGUUUUUAUGCUGCUGUCUGGGAAAUGUGCUUGAGUGUGCAAAAAAUGCAGAAUGAGAUGCAUUAAAAACACAUUUAUCCUGA